AAAAAAUAUACCGACAAGAGUUGAUGUCUUAACACUCGCUAUAGAUGUUUAUGUUUUUAAAAUUUAAAGUCUGCCUGAUAUAUAAGGUCUACCAUUACCGUUCGCUCACCUGCCAUACGUAUUUUCUGUCAGGUCGAUAAUAUUUAUUAAAGUUGAAGAAAAAAAAUCCCCGUAGACAAUCAUGUCUGUGGAGCUAACAUCUGUGUCAAAAAAGCCAGACGGUGAUAUUGACACAAAAGAUGUUGAGAAAGGAAAGGAGAACAUGGGUUUUGACAAUGGGGACAUUGAUAAGACCGCUAAUGGAUCAGGAACAAGCAAUAGACCGGCGAGCGCGCCACCUGUGGAGAGCAACAACGUUAUUCUGACAGUGGUUGAAGAGGGACCAGAAGAAGAAGAAGAAGUGAUGAACGACUGCUCCAGGGCCGUGCUGUACAUCCAGACCAUUGUAUAUGCCUUCAUCAACGAUAACUGGAAAGACAUCGUCUACGUCAUCCAAAUCGUUCUCCUCACCGGCUACUUCGUCUACUUUGGCUUUGCUAUGGCGAAGUCCUUCGAGGUGGACAGUGAGCCCCCGAUGAGACUACUUGUGUGCACCAUUAUAGGGAUCCUGAUUCUGAUGACCAAGAUCUUCUUCAAGAUUUACGGCUACAAAGUGGACGCGAUCUAUAACCGAACCAUGAAGAAGUACCUUAAAUCUCGCGGGUGUACGAGAUGUACUAGAUGGACCAAGCUUGCUCUUAAGGUUGUUGUCUUCUUUGCCAUUGCCAUUUUCGUCCUUGUGGACAUAGCUGAGGACAAUCCCCAGAGUCUGAUGUCCCUGGCGGGCCUGGCGAUCUACAUCUUCUUAUUCUACAUCACUUCCUUCAACCCGGCCAAGGUAAAUUGGCACCCCGUGUUCUGGGGGAUAGCCACACAGUAUAUCUUGGCUCUCAUCAUUCUCCGCUGGGAGUUCGGAUACCGCAUGUUCGAGUACCUCGGGAACCGAACCCAGGAGUUCCUUGCUUAUUCUGACCAGGGCGCUGAGUUCAUGUUUGGGCCAGAUUUCAGGGACCACUUUUUCGGAUUUGCGGUCCUACCUUUGAUCAUCUUCUUCUACUCCAUGAUUUCCAUUCUGUACUACCUGGGUGUGAUGCAGUUCAUUGUCAGAAAUAUCGGACAGGCUUUAGCCUUCUUGCUGGGGACAUCUCCGGCGGAAUCCCUCAAUGCAGCCGGGAAUAUCUUUGUGGGAAUGACGGAGUCGCCAGUGAUGAUUCAGCCGUUUCUGGAAAAAAUGACGAAGUCAGAGCUCCACGCCGUCAUGGUGGGAGGGUUUGCCACCAUCGCCGGAAGUGUGUAUGGCGCCUAUGUCAAGUUUGGGGUACCAGCCAACCAUCUCCUCUCGGCAUCUGUGAUGUCGGCCCCUGCUGCUUUAGCAAUGGCUAAAUUAUCCUACCCGGAAGUGGAGAGGACAAAAUCAACAUCAAAAGACUUUUACAAAAUGGGAAAAUCACAACACAGAAACAUCAUCGAGGCGGCGUCAGCCGGCGCCGCUAGCUCGGUGAAGGUGGUGGCGGGUAUAGCUGUCCACGUGAUCGCCUUCCUGUCCAUCCUCAAGUUUGUGGACGCCACACUGACCUGGUUCGGCGAGCUGGUGGAAGUGGAAGGGUUAACAUUGGAAUUCAUCUGUUCCUACGUGUUUUUCCCAAUCCCGUUUUUCAUGGGCACGUCUAUACGGGAUUGCCGCAGUGUGGCGCGGUUGAUCGGCCUGAAGACCUUCACCAAUGAGUUCGUGGCCUACGAUCAGCUGGGCGGGAUCAUCAAGAACAAGAAGAUAUUCAGUGACUACGUGAUGGGAAACCACACGGACUGGCAUUAUAAAGGGGACGACCUGUGGCUCCCUAGCUUCGACGGCGGAUUAAAGAUUCUCAAGAAUGGGAUUCUAGAGACGAGGUCAGAGGUAGUAGCAACAUACGCCCUGUGUGGGUUCUCUAACUUUGGCUCCAUGGGGAUUUUACUCGGUGGAUUGGGCGCCUUAGCUCCCAGCCGGAAGUCCGAUUUAGCUUCCAUUGUUCUCAGGGCCAUGAUUGCCGGAAGUGCCGCGUGUUUCAUGACCGGAUGUGUAGCAGGUCUGUUAUACGAAGACUUUUAAAAUAGAUGACUUGCAUAAUGGCUGAAUGUAGAUCAUCAAUGUUAUAAGAACCAUGCUGAAUGAAAUUAAUUAAUAUCACUCCUUGAAUGGAACAAAUGUAUGCAACUACAUGUAUGUGAAUAUUUCUUUUUUAUAUCUGCUUACAUUUUUUAAUUUUUAUACAUUGAUUAUUCAUUCUCACAAGAGAGAGAGAGAGAGAGAGAGAGAGAGAGAGAGAGAGAGAGA